AUGGAUUCCCUACGAGAUGGGAACCAUACUGUAGUGACAAGUUUCAUUUUAUUGGGCUUAACUGAUAACCCAAUCCUUCGUGUCAUACUCUUUAUGAUCAUCCUGUGUAUCUAUCUGGUGACUAUAUCUGGCAAUCUUAGCACAAUCACUCUUAUCAGAAUCUCUUCUCAGCUCCAUCAUCCUAUGUAUUUCUUUCUGAGCCACUUGGCUUUUGCAGACAUAUGCCUUUCAACUUCUGUAACUCCCAAUAUGCUUGUAAAUUUCCUAGUGGAGAGAAAUCCAGUCUCCUAUCAUGGAUGUGGCAUGCAGCUUGGUUCAAUUGCUGUCUUUGGGGCAGUUGAGUGCUUCCUGCUGGCUAUCAUGGCAUAUGAUCGCUUUGUGGCAAUCUGCAACCCACUGCUUUAUUCCGCCAAAAUGUCCACACAAGUUUGUGUUCAGUUCCUCAUAGUGGCUUACGUGGCUGGUUUUCUCAAUUCUUGCUCUUUUACUCUUUCCUUCUACUUUUUACUCUUCUGUGGACCAAAUCUAGUCAACCAUUUCUUCUGUGACUUUGCUCCUUUAGUUGAAAUCUCCUGUUCUGCUAGCAGCAGUAUCCCUGCAGUUGUCCCCUCAUUUGUUGCUGGCUCCAUCAUUGUGGUCACAGUGUUUGUCAUAGUCGUCUCCUACAUCUACAUCCUUAUCACCAUUCUGAAGAUGAGCUCCCCUGAGGGGUACCACAAGGCCUUCUCCACUUGUACCACCCACCUCACAGCAGUCACUUUGUAUUUUGGGACCAUCACAUUUGUUUACGUGAUGCCUAAGUCCACCUUCUCAAGUGACCAGAACAAAGUGGCAUCUGUGUUCUACAAUGUGGUGAUUCCCAUGCUGAACCCCAUCAUCUACAGCCUCAGGAACAAUGAGAUUAAAGGGGCUCUGAAGAGAGAGCUUGCCAGAAUAUUUUCUAAGUGA